AUGCCAACACCCCUCUUGCCCUUCGUUCCUUCUGGCCCUCCCCUUCUCUCCGUCCACAAUCUACACACGUACUUCCCUCAGGAAGAAGGGACGGUCAAGGCCGUCGAUGGCGUCAGCUUCGAUCUCUACCCCGGCCGCACGCUCGGUAUUGUGGGGGAAAGCGGCUGUGGAAAGAGCAUGACGGCCAGGUCGAUCUUGCGAAUUGUUGACCGCCCCGGGCGUAUUGUCGCCGGCGCGGUCGUCGACGUGGCCACCUUGGACAAAACCGAGCUGCGGGCGCUCCGACGAGAAAUGCAGAUGGUCUUCCAAGACCCCUUUACGUCUCUCAACCCGCGCAUGACCCUGCUCGACAUUGUGGGCGAGCCUUUACGGGUACAUGGGAUGAAGAAACGCCGUGAACGCGAAGCGCGGGUGGCCGAACUCCUGCGUUUGGUUGGGCUGCGGGCGGAAUACAUGCGGCGCUUCCCGCACGCCUUCAGUGGUGGCGAACGGCAACGCAUCGGCAUUGCCCGGGCUUUUGCGCUGCAUCCACGCCUGGUGAUCGCCGACGAGCCGGUAUCGGCGUUGGACGUCUCUGUGCAAGCGCAAAUUCUCAACUUGCUGCUUGACCUGCAAACGGAGCUGCGCCUGACCUACCUUUUUGUGGCGCAUGACCUGAGUGUGGUGAAGCAUAUUAGCGACCGGGUGGCCGUCAUGUAUGUUGGGCAGCUGGUCGAGUUAGCACCCACUGAGCAGCUUUUUAUGGCUCCCAAACACCCUUACACGGAUGCCCUGCUUUCCGCCGUGCCUGAACCCGACCCGCGCCAGCGUACACGACGUAUUGUCCUGCAAGGCGAGGUGGCCAACCCCGCCGAUCCGCCCUCCGGGUGUUACUUUCACCCCCGUUGUCCACAUGCAAUUGAGGUUUGCCGUACGCAGGCGCCGACGUGGGAAGAGGUCGCACCGCAGCAUUUUGCGCGUUGUCACCGCGCCCACGAGUUGCAGCUCAUAGGUGUGGAAGAAGUCGCCAGGACCACCUAA